AUGCCUUCCGCGCCUACCUUCAACUACUACGCCGCCCUUGAGGUGGACAGCCGCGCGACCCAUCAAGAGAUCACGACCGCCUUCCGUCGUCUGGCACGAAUCCACCACCCGGACAAGAAUCCCGACAACCAGGAAUCUGCCACGGAGGCCUUCCAGAAGAUCCAACUUGCAUAUGAGACCCUAUCGAGCCCCGCCAGUCGUGCUGCUUACGAUGCUCGCCACCCACCCGCCGGUCCCCCGCCGGCUUCCUGGUCUGGAGCCCGAAGAUCAGCAAACUACCGCUCUCCUCAAUGGUCGUCUUCUGAAGGAUCCAACGAGGACAACGGCCAAAACUAUGCGAGUGACGAAGAGUUCUGGGACGAUGACGCCCUAAGAGACCAGUUCAUGUACCAUUUCUUGUCAUCACUAUUCGCCAGCACCGACAUGGCGCAAGAACGCCGCGAUGCCUUCAACGCCGCGGCCCGCGAAGAGAUGGGUCGCGAGCAGCAGGCUCGGUUCAGGGAACUCAACGCGCAGCGCCGCGAGCGCGAGGAAGCCGAGGCGGCGGCCAAGAAGCGACGGCAGGACGCCAAGCAAGCCGCGGAGGAGGCCAAGGCGAAGGCCCAGGAGGAGCUGAUGGCUCAGGAGAAAGCCAAGCAGGAAGCGCGCUGGGCCAGCGCGAACGCCCGCACCGCCGACGAGCGCGCCAAGACGUGCCUCCACUCCGGCCACUGCGGCAAGAUCCAGCAGCGCCAGAAGCUCAAGUGCGGCGCCUGCCACGCCAGGCGCGGCAUCACCGCCUUCGAGUGCCCGCACUGCCAGCUGCUCAUCUGCCAGCAGUGCGUCGGCCACUUCGCCAAGAAGCGCGCUGCCGCUGACAAGCCGCGGCCGCCGCCACCAUCCUCGAAGCCCGAGCGGCCCAAGCCGGCCGCCGACACCCCAUCCCAGAAAGCAGAAGACGAAGGAAAGGCAGAAGCGGGUUUGAAAACCGAGGCUGCCCAGAGUCAGAGUCACAAGAAUGGUGGUGGUAAUCGCAAGGGACCGGUAGACGGCCAGCAGCAGCCCAAGAAGAAGUGGAAGAAGACCUGCUUCAAGUGCCACAAGGAGGGACAUAUCGCCCAUGAUUGUUGGCAGAAGGCCGCCAACGCCAACGGCAAUGGUGGGGCCGGAAAGCCUGGGCCAAAGAGCAACGGCAAUAAGAAGAACGGUGGCAAGUGAGGAGGAGGGGAAAGCAGUCAGUUUCGAUGCCCCUUAGAUUAAUUACAUAGGUGCCAUGGUCCCGAAGCUAAGGAAAUACGUCGAGAAUAUGGUAAUGGCGAAACGGAAUGGAUGAUAUCGGGGAGUUUGGCAAACCUC